UUCAUUUCAGCUUUCGGAUCAUGGACUCCACAUUUCAAAAGCUGAGCCUUGUAUUGGCAUUAUUGACUUGCACUCAUCUUUUUAAAGCACAAUUAGGAGAAGCAGUGUAUGUCCCAACAAGAUGCCAGUGUCUACAAAACAGAAAAUCCGUUAGAGAACCAAUUGUGGGUUUUACUAUAACUGAAAAGGGAACACAUUGCAAAAAUGAUGAAAUCAUAUUAACUUUAAGAGAAACAGGUCGUCAACAGUGUCUGAGUCCAGAUGGAAGACAAGGCAAACGGCUGAUCAAAUGCUGGAACGACAGAAUAAAUAAAGAUGAAAACAAGAAGAAUAAAUGCAUUGUACGGAGGCAUAAGCAGAAACAACAAAAAAAGAGCUCCAAGGCAAAGACCCCCCAAAACCCAAAAAGUGAAACAUUGUGAACACUCAGCAGACUUGUGGAUAAAAUAGAAAC